AUGGCUGUUAAAGCCACUCCUGGAUGCAGAGCAGCAGGAGCGCGCCUGCUGUUUCUGCUGCUUCCGCUGUGGGCCUUAUGGCCUCUGGCCUUCACUUUAGCCGAGCUGCCACGGCGGAUCCUGAUCUCUGCCGCAGUCGCUGCUGCUCCGCGCAAGGCAACGAAAGAUGAGCUUUACGAGAUUGCCGGUGCUUUUGCCAAGCUUGCAACAGACCCCCGAGCACCAAGUGCUUCUUCGGUUUAUGAAGAGGCAGAGGCGACACUUGGGAAUGCGAUCAGCAAGUGGGAGAGCGGAGCAAUCACAGCUCCGGCUAUAGUGGAAGAAAAGGCGAGGCUGAGACUUGGUCGGGCGCGGGCGCGUAUAGCACUGAACGACAUGGUCGGCGGCAGUCUUCCGGAGAAGGCAAAAGGCGCCGUUGAGGAUUACGAUGUUGCUAUCGGAAUCAUGGAGGAUGACCUGCGACGGAAUCCCGACAAGCUCAUGUACAGCGAAUACCCAGAUGCACUGGUCAAGAGGGGCUUGGCGAACGAGGAGCUCAAGAAUUGGGCGCGUGCAGCGCAAGACUACACAAAGGCGAUUGAUGCCUUGCGGCCCAAAGACGGAAGGCCCGACAAGGCUAUGAAGGGCGAUGCCACCAUUCAGGAGGGGGAUGGUCUUGGUAUGAAUCCUUUGAUUCUGAACUUCCGCGGGAAUGCCCUCAGCCAACUGGGCAGAUACGACGAGGCGGUGGAAGACUACCGCGAAGCUACACAAAUCUUCGACAACGACGGAGAGGUGCGACAGGCCUCUUUCUCCCGUGCCAACGAGGCUCUGGCUUUGUUUGGUGCUGGCAGGGACGCGGAGGCAGAAAAGGUGAUGCAAGUAGUCGUGCGGAACGAUCCCGGCGUCACAGACGCACAUGUUGCGUUGGCGGCCUCGUACUGGUCGCAGCGGAAGAUUGCAGAAGCCGAGUCGCAGUGGAAGUUCGCCUGCGAGAACAUCGACACAGGCUGCCAAUCCUACAAAGAUCUGAAAUGGGUUGCGGAAAUUCGGCGCUGGCCACCGUCGCUGGUUGCUGGCAAACCCGUGGACGGAGACUCCGAAGGUCAAAGUUCGCCAAAGCGCGAUGCCUGCAGCAACCUUAUCGUGUGA